AACCAGCAAUGUGGUCUACUUUCAAUCGCUUCUAUUUUUUACUCUUCUUUUUCUUAUCACUCCAUUGCACACUCCUUCACUCUUCCCUUCCUCUCCCUCUUCCUUCCUCUUUUCCUCCUCCCCUAAGCCAUAAUGCUUCGUCGCAUCGUCUCACCCUCCAGCCUCACCCGUCGUCUGUUCAUCUCACCUACUGCUUCCACCACCACUACUCCUAUCAGAGCCAUGUCCAGCACCAAGGCCCAGACCCAGUUCAACGAUAUCCUCAAGUCCGAGAUCGAGUCGAUCAAGGCUGCAGGCACCUACAAGUCCGAGCGUGUCAUCAUCUCGCCCCAGAACUCAGCUAUCCUUGUUGCCGGCAGGGACGGCAAGCCCUCGCCCCAAAUCAACUUUUGCGCAAACAACUACCUUGGACUCGCAGAUCAUCCUGAGGUUAUUGCCCGCUCAAAGAAGUAUCUUGAUACCCAUGGAUCCGGUCUUAGCAGUGUCCGUUUCAUCUGCGGUACUCAGGACAUCCACAAGGACCUUGAGAACCAGAUUACAAAGUUCUACGGCACAGAGGACACGAUCCUCUAUGCUUCAUGCUUCGAUGCCAACGCCGGUAUCUUUGAGACCAUCCUCACGGACCAGGACGCCGUCAUCUCCGAUGCAUUGAAUCACGCCAGUAUCAUCGAUGGCAUCCGUCUCUGCAAGGCCAAGCGUUUCCGCUACAAGAACUGUGACAUGGCUGAUCUGGAGGCACGUCUUCAGGAGGCCGAUAAGGCCGGUGCGCGCCUGAAGUUGAUCGCCACAGAUGGUGUGUUCAGCAUGGACGGCAAGAUCUCUCCCCUGGACAAGAUCUGUGAUAUUGCCGAAAAGUACAAUGCCCUGAUCUUCAUCGACGACUGCCACUCCACUGGAUUUUUGGGACCCAAUGGACGCGGCACAGCAGAGUACUUUGGCGUCCAGGACCGUGUUCAUAUCGUGAAUUCGACCUUGGGCAAGGCCCUCGGAGGCGCUGCCGGCGGUUAUACAACAGGAUCCAAGGAGAUGAUUGACUUGCUUCGGAACCGGUCGCGUCCCUAUUUGUUCUCGAACAGCUUGCCACCAGCGGUCGUGGGUUCCGCAAGCGCGGCAUUGGAUCUGAUCGAGGGUGCCAAGACGAACGGAUUGUUUGAUCAGUUGUGGGGAAACACAAAGUUGUUCCGCAAGCUUCUCACUGAUGCCGGAUUCACAAUCAAGGGCGAUAACCACCCCAUCUCGCCUGUGAUGUUGGGCGAUGCUCGUCUGGCUAGCCAAUUUGCAGACAAGAUGCUGCAGCGCGGUAUCUACGUCGUUGGAUUCUCAUACCCCGUGGUUCCCAAGGGCGAGGCCCGUAUCCGUGUCCAGCUCUCGGCCGCACACACGGAGGAACAGAUUCGUCAGGCUGCGGAUGCUUUUAUCGAAAUCGGCCGUGAGCUCGGUGUCAUUGGCGCCAAGAGCAAGCUGUAGAUACACAUGCCAUUUCCCUCUUGUCCUUCAGCCAGCCCCGUUGUUUUUCGUCCCUUACACCAAUAUACAUCCAUUCCACUCAUCCCAUUCAUUCAUGUAUUUUUAUCAAAAUACACCUAUCAAAUGCACAUAGCGUCUUUUAAACA